AUGGUCGAAUUAGCAGAAAUUUUCUUUUCAUCGAAACUGUUUCUAAGUUUUGCGGCAAUCGGUCUGUACCCUUUUGUCACGGUGGUCUACAAUCUCUACUUCCAUCCUUUGCGAAGAUUUCCAGGACCGCUGCUAUGGAGGUCCAGCCGGUUGCCCUAUAUUAUAUCUUUGCUCCGAGGCAACCUCGUCUUGGACCAGAUGAAGAUCCACGAGGAGUAUGGUGAUGUCGUGCGCCUUGCACCAAAUGAGAUUUCUUUCACAAAAGAAGAAGCCUGGAGUGAUAUAUACGUACAUCGCUCCGGGCAUGUUGAUCCUACUAAAGAUCCAGUGUGGUACAAGGCACCGGAUGAGAUGCCACAAAACAUUGUGACGUCUCUUGACAUGGAACGUCAUGCGCGAUUUCGAAGAGUUCUAAGCAGCUCUUUCACGGAGACCAGUUUGAGAACUCAAAGCCCUCUGAUUGAGUCUUUCGCAGACUUGCUCGUUGAUCGCUUGACAAAGCAAGUUACCAAUUCUAAAGCCCCCGACAAUAGUGCGACUAUAGAUAUGGUACAAUGGGCCAGCUGGUUCACUGUUGAUGUCAUCGGCGAACUUGCACUAGGCGAAUCCUUUGCUUGCUUGGAAAAUACUGAGCUCCAUCCUUGGGCAGAUACUUUGAACAAUUUCCUCAAAGCUUUGAUCUUCAAGCUUCUUCCAAAGAGCGUAAUGGAGAUGCAACGAAACCAUUCAGAGUUCGCAAAUGAUCGAAUCAAUAAACGACUUAAUAUGGAAAAGCAAAAGCCAGACUUUAUCGCCUCUUUCAUGAAGGAUAAUGUAGAUUUCCACAAGAUUUCCCUCGCAGAGACUCAAUCAAACUUGGCCAUUUUGAUAGUGGCAGGUGCUGACACAACAGCAACAUCAAUGUCUGGAACCAUGCUUUACUUGGUGCAAAACCCCGAGAAACUAAACAAGCUUGUGUCCGAGGUUCGGACAACCUUUCAGAGCGAGGAAGAAAUCACCAUUAAAGCUGUCCGCGAGCUAACCUAUCUCAAUGCUGUAUUGCAUGAAGCAUUAAGACUUACGAACCCUGUUCCUGGUGGUCUUCCGCGUAUCGUCCCUCGAGGUGGUGAUGUCUAUGCCGAUACAUUUGUUCCGGCGGGAACGAGCAUCUCCGUCCGCCCUUACGCUAUGAAUCGUUCUGAAAGAUACUUCUCUUCACCAAAUGAUUUCGUACCUGAACGAUGGCUCCCAGAAGGAACUCGACCAUCCAAAUUUAAUAAUGACCAUUUUUCUGUUAGUCAACCUUUCAGCGUGGGUCACUCAAACUGCAUUGGUAAAAAUCUGGCGUGGGCAGAGCUCCGGCUUGUUAUAACGAGACUGUUAUGGGCUUUUGACGUCGCCGAAUCUGGGCAGAGACUUGAUUGGACGAAAUUGAAGACUCUAAUGAUUAUCCAAAAAGAACCUAUAAUGGUUAAAAUCAAGAUUCGAGAAGGAAUCGAUGGGCUUAUGAAGGGCUUAUAG